GCCAUUGAUCUAUGCACAAACCACACAGCAUGCGGAAUGGCAGAAGUAACGUAGUUAUCAUCUACCUAGGAAAAGGUUAUUUAUGGUAGUGGAACUUGUAAAGUUUCAACUCCGGAAGCCAUUAAUUUUACACCAAUACUGGUAACACUGACUACAUUAACAGAAGCUGGUGGAGCUGAUGGAUCGGGUGGAAGUGAAACGGUCAGUCCGACCACAGACUACAACUGUACUCUUGAUGAUGUGCAUAAUUGCUUUGCGCCUUGUACCAUGAGCAAUGUGAGUCGUGCAAACUUCAGCGAGGCCAAACUCUCUGACAGCGAACGGGAGAAUCUUCUUGAGAUCCUUCGUGUCUUGAUAAGUCUGGAUGAUGGAGAAACCAAUACGUUGCCAGAGAUCACUGCCCUUAUAAGGCUUGGGUUGGAUGUGUUUACAACAUUGACGAAUGAUCACCAAAGUUUGACAAUUGAGGAGGAGACAGAAGUUGUUGCUCUCACUGAAGAAGUCUUGGCGUCCAUUGCAGGAAAUUUGGAACUCGGGAACUGUGUGAAAGAUGAGGUUGAAUCAAACUCUGUCUAUAUUUGCCAUGACACAUCAGAAAACAUCGGGAAUAAAUCAAUUUUUACGUAUGAAAUUGAGAAUGGUGAUACAGAAAAAGACUACCAAACUGAAAACUCAGAGAACUUCAAAGAUAGGCUGAACUUUGACCUCCAAAGUGACAACGAUGACAUCAGUUUUGUGGUGUUGAGGACUGAGAACCAGAAAGGUGUUGAGGUUAUGAACGAGGAAGAAAUAAGUGGUGUACGAGCACCCAGCAGUACUAAGUUCAUAGUAAACAGUGCUUUCUUAGCAUUCUCUCUCUAUGUUGAAGGCAUCAAGACAUCAGUACCUGUCAACUACACACUUUAUCAUCAUGUCGAAGCAAAGGAUGAUAAGAUCUCAAUACAAGGACUUGGUGCCAUCACAAGACAGCCCAUGUGUGUCUUCUGGAAUGACACAAUUUCGAAAUGGUCUUCUAAGGGUUGUUGGUUGGCACAUGAAUCGCCAACAUCCUACUCUGAUUGCAUCAGUAAACAUUCAACGAGCUUUGCAGUCAUUUUAAAGAUCACCAGCGACAAUGAAGGUGAUGAGUUCAUAUUGGAGAUGCUGACAAAGAUUGGGUUUGGGGCAUCAAUCCUUGGUCUGGUCUGUACUCUAGCCAUCUUCUUCUACCUGAGGGAAAUGCUGCAAUUUGAACGGAUCUUCAUGCAUACCAACUUGGCAAUAGCCAUCCUGGCAGCUCAAAUCUUAUUCUUGUCUGGCAUUGAUAAAACAGAAGACGAAGUGACUUGCAAGAUCAUCGCCCUGUUUCUGCAUUACUUCUACCUGUCUGUCUUUGGUUGGAUGUUGGUAGAGGGGGUGCAUCUCUACAUGAAGGUGGUCAAAGUCUACGGCAGUGAGAACAUUAAGAUGUACCGCUACGUUCUCAUCGGCUGGGUCGCUCCGGCCAUAAUAUGUGCCAUAUCUUUAGGUGCAAACAAUAAAGGAUAUGGGACAGACCGGUGCUGUUGGCUUGAUACUGAUGGUGGAAUGAUUUGGGCUUUUGCUGCUCCUAUCUUGGUUGUUGGUCUGAUGAAUACGGUUGUAUUAGUGACUGUUCUACGCAUUGUGAUGAAGUCAGCUCAGAUGCAAAAUAACAACAACAUGGACCACAUCAAAUGUGGUGCUAAGGGUGCCAUGGUGCUGCUACCGAUCCUUGGUGUGACGUGGCUCUUUGGUUUGAUGAACAGCGUGAAUAUUGUGUUCCAGUAUCUGUUCACUGGUCUCAACUCUUUCCAAGGACUCUUCAUUUUCUUCAUUCAGUGCGUUUUUAACAGUGAGGUAAAAGCUGCAUUUUCUCGUAAGAGGGCACAGCAUAAACUGGAAAUGGAGGUUUCAAAUAAAUCGCAAGGAGAGACUACAACAUCAAGGAAGUCCAACACUGAUACUAGUGACAGGAACGUUGACUGCUCAGAGGAAUGCACAGAGAUGACUCAGUACUCUCGAGGCUCCUCAUUCAGCACACAAGGGGCUUCUGCUGUUGCUACGGGAAUACACACACCAAAAAAGAAGCGCCCCAUGAGUGGGAAAGUUGCACCAAUGCCGAAGACAACACCAACUGAUGUUGAAGGUUUUUAGUGAGGUGGAAAUAUUUCUCAGUCACUUUGUUCUUGUGCUAUCGUCAGAGUGUUCAAGAUUGAACAAUGCACGAUCGGAGCGGUAAUUAAGUUCUCAUGUACCUAACAUAGGACCACCAAAACAUUCCAUUGAAAGUUCAAAAUACUAAUGAUGUGGUCCAGAACAUUCUGGCAGUCCCAUGGAUUGCGGGCAUGCGCCCACAAGAAUGCUCUUUUUCGCCUUAAGCAUACCUGAUUUUUGAGAUGCUACCUAACAUGCUCUGAAUUUAGUAAUAGAGGUAAUGUCAAUAAAUAAAUUAAUAUAUUUCAUCUUUUUUCACCACAAUUGUACAUAAAGAAAAAUAUCGCUUUUUCUAUUUUUGCACAUAAGCGUUUCAUAUAAUGUUUCAAUACCUUAGGUUUUUUACCAUAUUACUUUUAAAACAUUCAUCCAAAUCAAGAUGCGUUCUUGAAAACAUGACACAUGUUUGUAAUUUCACGGAUUGAUUCAGGGUUUUUUGUUUUGAUCUUAAUGGUAUGAAAUUUCAUCUGUAGCUUUAAAGAAAUAAAAAUGUGCCAAUUUUCAAUCUAUUUUCACUUAAAUCCAUAAUUUCACUUGUGAAGGAUAUAUAUUAGGUCGUAUAUAGGUACAUAUUUUAAAAUAUAAUAUUAACGUGAGGGAUUGGAAUUCAUACAAGAUUCUCAUAUUCCUAAUUUCUUGUGAGCUUAAAGACCUGCUUGAACGAAAAUGUCAAGUCGUGAACUUUGCUGAAUUCCACUUAAAAUGUUUUCGAUGAAU